GUAAAUUUUUUUAUGUUGUUUGAAAGUGACCCUCCACUACCACGUUACCUAAAUAAAUUUUAAUUUUUUUUCUUUUUCUUUUUAAUAUCUUUCUGUAUUUCUAUCGCUUUCUUUUAUUAUAGUCUCUGAUCGGAAUCAUUACCAGUUAAAUCAUCUUUGAGCUGAUAAGAUUGGUUGUUGAGUCCAUCUCCUUUUCCUAUGUGAAGAUUAUAACAGGUCAGCAGGUACUUAGAUAUUACUUUUGAUUUUGAUGCUAUAACGCAUUUUUAGAUAUAUCUGGAUAAUUGGUAAAUGGGGUCCGAAGGGCCUCCUGCAGUGACAAUUCAUGUGACGGGGUUUAAGAAAUUCCAUGGAGUUUCAGAGAAUCCAACUGAGACAAUUGUUGGUAAUCUCAAAGAGUAUAUGAAGAAGAAGGGAUUGCCAAAAGGUCUAAUUAUUGGGAGUUGCAGCGUUCUUGAAACUGCGGGACAGGGAGCGCUUCCUUCCUUAUACCAGAUAUUGAAAUCUGCCAUUAGUGGGGAGAAUUCUGAAUCUUCAAACUCUGGAAGAACUAUUUGGAUACACUUUGGAGUUAAUAGUGGUGCAACAAGGUUUGCUAUUGAGCAUCAAGCUGUCAAUGAAGCUACCUUUCGUUGUCCUGAUGAGAUGGGAUGGAAGCCCCAGAAAGUCCCAAUCAUUCCUGCAGAUGGCGGAGUUUCACACACACGACAGUUGCAGCGCAUGCUAUGGGGCAGUACUGUGUUUGAGCAUUGAAUCUUUGAUUGGUUUAAAGAUUUGUUACAUUUCAUGGGGAAGGAUAUGAUUAUUGGAAGACAUAUGUUUGUAUCCUGAGUGUAAAGGAAGGAAACUUUAUGAUAUGGCCGGGAAUCAGAUAGUGAAAACUUUCUGCUUCUAACUUUGUAUGAGUUAUUUGAGCGGUGCCUUUUGUUGGAGCUGCUAUCUUUGUCGGUGAAAAGAGCUUGUCCAACUUCAAUAAGAAUUAAGGGGCUGAGGUGCGUUUGGUUGUAAUUUCAUAAAAUAAAGCCUCAGUAUAACAUUCUCAUUCUUGAUGGCAUUGGGGCUUUUCUUUACGACUCCCAACACUCAAAAAAAAAUGAAAGAAAUGGAUUCUUCUACAGUACAUUAAGGUCGUUAUGAAUAGUAUCAAGAGUAGUCUUUCCUAGUGUUUCAGUAGAACACAGUUACACAUGUACCAAUUUCCUUAAAAAGAUGAAAUUGACCAAAAUUUUCAGGAGACGACGCUCUCUCUGCUCUUCAGGUUGUAUUGAUUCUUGUGUAGAGGUAUCUGUUUAUACAAGACUUCAUGUCAUUGUUACCCCAAAAUAGAAUUUCUCACAUGUUUAAUAUGCUGCAAAUGGCUUGGUUGGACAAUGUGUUUUGUUUAGCAUGAUUUUGUGAUUUAUUUGUAACUAUACUAUAUUCUUGUUC